AUGUUGGUAAGUUUCUGGAUUGUGAGAGGGAUUAAUAACCCUCUCAAGCAAUUUAAGGUGUUAAGGAGGCUGGUUACUUUGGAAGCUGAUGUUGUGUGUCUUUUGGAAACUAGGAUUAGGAGGAUCAAUGCUGGUAAGUUCAUCUCUUCUUUCUCCAAUGACUGGAAUAUGGUUGGAAAUUAUGAGUCUAUUGAGGGUGGCAGAAUUUGGAUUUUGUGGAAGAAACAGUGGUCUUUUAUUGUCUUAAGGGUUAGUGAUCAAUCCCUAACUAUAGCUGGUAGUGUCAAUGGUCACAGGACUCUGAUCACUAUUGUUUAUGGUAGUAAUAGCAGGACAGUCAGGAGAGGGUUAUGGGAUCAGCUAAAAUACCUGGAAAGGGAGGUUGGCUCUGCUCCAUGGGUGGUUGAAGGAGAUUUUAAUGCUAUCCUCAGAGCUGAGGAGAGCUCUGAUUUUGAGACUCUUAGUAUCUACAACUCUCCUGGUAUGAAGGAUUUCCAAGGCUGCUUGGAGGACUUAGAUCUUUUGGACCACCCUUUUCUAGGUCCUUUAUUUACUUGGACUAAUAAACAUGAUGAGGGGUUCUUAGCUCGAAAGCUGGAUAGAAUUUUGGUUAAUCCUGGUUGGUUGUUUGUUUUCCCUGAUUCUUUUGCUGAAUUUAAGGCACAGGACUUCUUGAAUAUUGUAAAAGAGUCUUGGUUGGAGCACUGUAAUGGUAACCCUUUGCAAAGGCUUUUCACAAAGAUGAAAAGAUUAAAGCCUAAAUUGAAGGACCUAAACAAUGAGCAGUACUCUGAUAUUUCAAAAAGAGUUCUCUGCAAAAGAGCUGAGCUGGAAAGGAUCCAACUGAGGAACUUGAGUCAUGCUGAUCUGAGGAACAUUGAUGAGGAGAGAACUGUUCAUGCUGAGUUAGCGGAUUUGGAGGUUGCAGAAUCUGAUUUUUAUAGAAAAAGGGCAAAUGUACAUUGGCUUAAAGAAUGUGACCUUAAAACCAGAUGUCCUUCUGUGGCAGAUCUGAGGGGCUUGUUAAACUUCUCCCUGGCUGCUGGUGCUGAAGAUAUGCUUACAAGGGAGGUUGAUGAUAAGGAAAUUAAGGAUGCCUUGUUUAGGCAAGGUAAUGGGAAAAGCCCUGGUCCUGAUGGUUACUCUUCUUGGUUCUUCAAGGCUGCAUGGGAAGUGGUUGGCAGUGAUUUUUUAGCUGCAGUAAGCCAAACGACAUUUGUAAAGGGUAGGAAUAUUGUUGAUAACACAUUAUUAGCUCAGGAAAUAGUCAAAGGUUACUCUAGGAAGAGCCUUUCUCCUAGGUGUGCCAUCAAGAUUGACUUGCUAAAAGCUUUUGAUUAUGUGAACUGGGAGUUUUUUAUGGUUGUUCUUGAGGCUAUAGGUUUGCCUUUGAAGUUUUGUAGUUGGAUAAAGGUUUGUGCCACUUCCACUAAAUUUUCAGUUUCCUUGAAUGGAAGCCUAGUUGGUUAUUUUAAUGGUGCUAGAGGGGUUAGGCAGGGGGACCCUUUAUCCCUAUACCUCUUUGUAUUGGUGAUGAAUGUCCUUUCUUCUUUACUGGAUGUCUCUGCCAAGAAUGGGAUUUUUAAAUAUCAUCCAAAGUGUAAGAGAAUCUCCCUCACCCACCUUUGCUUUGCUGAUGAUUUGUUGGUGUUAUGUUAUGGUUCUAUGGAUUCUGUUAUGGGUGUUUUGAGCACUUUGGAGGCUUUCUAUAAGCUUUCUGGUCUGAGGCUUAAUGUUCAGAAAAUUGAGAUCUAUGCUUGUGGUUUAUCUGAGCUGUUCUUGAGCAAAUUUAGGCAGCUUAUUCUGCCAAAAGGGGUUAUCAGGGAUGUUGAGAAAUUAUGUAUGAGGUUUUUCUGGAAAGGGUGUGACUCCCCAGCUCGAGGAGCUAGGGAGAGGGCUCUCUCUGGAACGCUUGGGGUGAAUUUCUACUGCCUUAGAUCAGUAGAUUUCUGGAAUGCUGAAUAUAAGGCUCAUUUCAGUUAG